GCUUCACCGUGCUCGUGUCUCGAUCGCUAGACGUUCAGGACGACGUAGAUACAGUCUUGCUGGAGAUGGCUGCUUCCUCAUCUUCCCGUUCCGCCGCCGCCGCCGGCGUGCUGCUGCUGCUGCUGGUGGCUGCCGCUGUGUGCCUCCACGGCGCGACGGCGCAGUUGUGCGAGGACUACUACGACGACACGUGCCCCGACGCCUACGACAUCGUCAAGCAGGUGCUCAUGGACGCCCACCAGUCGGACACCCGCAUCUUCGCCAGCCUCAUCCGCCUCCACUUCCACGACUGCUUCGUCCAGGGCUGCGACGGGUCGCUGCUUCUGGACACCGUCCCCGGGAUGCAGUCGGAGAAGGAGUCGCCGCCCAACAACGGCUCGGCACGCGGGUUCCCGGUGGUGGACGCCGUCAAGGCGGCGCUGGAGGACGCCUGCCCCGGCGUCGUCUCCUGCGCCGACAUCCUCGCCAUCGCCGCGGAGAUCUCCGUCGAGCUGUCGGGAGGCCCCAGCUGGGGUGUGCUUCUGGGAAGGCUGGACGGCAAGACCUCCGACUUCAACGGGUCCCUGGAUCUGCCAGCGCCCACGGACAACCUCACCGUGCUUCAGCAGAAGUUCAGCAACCUCAGCCUCAACGACGUCGACCUUGUCGCCCUCUCAGGGGGGCACACCUUCGGCCGGGUACAAUGCCAGUUCGUCACGGACCGGCUCUACAACUUUAGCGGCACCAACAUGCCGGACCCGACCCUGGACUCGUCGUACCGGGCGUUCCUGUCGCAGAGGUGCCCGAGGAACGGCGACGGCCGGGUCCUGAACGACCUGGACCCGACGACGCCGGACACCUUCGACAAGAACUACUACACCAACAUCGAGGUGAACCGGGGGUUCCUCAGCUCCGACCAGGAACUCAAGUCGUCGCCCCAGGCGCAGGGCACCACGGCGCCCAUCGUCGACCAGUUCGCUGGCAGCCAGGACGCCUUCUUCGCGAGCUUCGCGCAGUCCAUGAUCAACAUGGGGAACAUCAGGCCGGUCACGGACCCGUCGCAGGGAGAGGUCCGCACCAACUGCAGAAGAGUCAAUGGAAGCUAAUUAAUAAUCAUGGAGGAGAGGAUCAAGUGCGUGUUCUUCAGUUCGUAACUGAAAAAUAAGGGCUUUCGCCUCAGAUAUCCCUCAAGUGUGCAGUUUAUAUAUGUAUGUAUUUAUAUUUCUUAUUUUCCAACAUUAUUAUAGAUGUAUAAUUUAUCAACCAAUAUAUAUAUAUAUAUAUAAUUUCCAACAUUAUACAUG